AUGUGGAUAGAGAAGAUUUCAGUUCCUCCUUUGAUGGUGAUCGAAUUUCUUCAUCGAGUUGUGCACACAUUUUCGCAAUAUUUUGAUGAGUGCUCGGACACAUCGAUAAAAGAGAACUGUGUGAUGGUUUUUGAGCUGCUCGACGAAAUGCUCGACAAUGGAUAUCCCCUUGUGACCGAAUUGAAUAUCCUCCAAGAUCUCAUCAAACCACCUAAUUUCCUUAGAAAUAUUGCUAAUCAGGUUACUGGGCGGACUAACCAUUCGGAAACGCUACCAACUGGUCAGCUGUCAAAUAUACCAUGGCGGCGACAAGGUGUGAAAUAUACGAAUAACGAAGCCUAUUUUGAUGUCAUUGAAGAAAUCGAUGCAAUUAUUGAUCGACAAGGGUCAACAGUUUUCGCCGAAAUACAGGGAUACAUUGAUGUGUGCUGUAAAUUGUCGGGGAUGCCAGAUCUUACCAUGACACUUGUCAAUCCACGUCUUCUUGAUGACGUCUCCUUUCAUCCAUGUGUCCGAUUUAAGCGAUGGGAGAACGAACGUGUACUAUCAUUUGUGCCUCCUGAUGGGAACUUUCGGCUAUUAUCAUAUCACAUUGCUACACAAAACAUGGUCGCUAUACCAAUUUACGUUCGACAUUCCAUAGUGCUGAGAGGAGGAACUGGAAGUCGUCUAGAGAGAAAAAAUUUUUUUGGAACGGUUGGAGGACCAAAACAACAAGGCAGAUGGGCAAAAUGCUUGGAAGACGUCGUGGUAGAGAUGUCAAUGCCGAAAGCAGUGUUGAACUGCAAUCUGGUGCCUUCACAAGGGAAAUGUACGUUCGAUCCGUCAUCACAUUUGCUUCAGUGGACUAUAGGCAAGAUAGAACUGGGAAAGCCGCCAAAUAUUAAGGGAACUUUAUUGGUACAGAUGUUGAGUACUGGGCAAUUAGCCGCUCGGCGCUUCUUCCAAACAACAUCGUUGGCAUGCCGGCAAAAGAACUUUCGCGAAGUGCUUCCACCCGAAGAGGCUGGCUGGGCUUUCAAUCAUAUCGAAAAGAAGAGAGGUCUCUAUAAACCAAAGCACACCAUCGAAGAGCAGAUUGCUUAUAUGAAAAGUAAAGCUUUCCAUGAUGCUUACAAAGGAUUACCGAUCUACCGGUGGUACAAGAGGAAUUUCAAGGGGCAGUCGAUUUUGCAACCACCUCCUCGGCUAUUCUGUAUUGACAGAUAUGGACGAUUCAAUGUAAAUAAUGCAUGUCCGGGGCAGUCGAUUUUGCAACCACCUCCUCGGCUAUUCUGUAUUGACAGAUAUGGACGAUUCAAUGUAAAUAAUGCAUGUCCGGUGUGUCGUGACGAGUACCUGUUCUUUGACUACCGGAAUCCUGCUUUGAUCGAGCAGUUUCUUUCUGAUGGAACUCACCAGCCGAUUGCUAUUCUGAAAAGUGGCCUUUGUCAAGAGCAAUACGCUUUGCUCAGAGCCCAGUUGCUUGCUGCGAAGGAACACGGAACAAUUACGUUCGGUGUCGACUUUCGAAAUUUCGACUUUCGGGACUGGUAUAAGGAAUGGACGAAACCGCCAUUGCCUCAUAUGGUAUGGCUUCGAGUUAGCGUUUUCUUACUUCUGCUUAUGUUGUCUGAACAAAAGGGAAAAUCAGAUCGGUUGAAGAAACAGGAGAAAAAGAAGGAAGAGGUAGAGAAGGUCACUGUCCAAAAACAGGAGGAAGAAGAGAAAAAUGAACUGCCACUCUCCCAUCCGCCGUCAAGCAUCUCAAAGCAGUCGAUCUUGAAAGGCCAUGAAACCGUGGAUUUCUCGCCGAGAAAGUUCGAAAAUCCUGUUCUCGUCUAUGUCACACCGUGGAAUAACAAAGGUUAUGACUUGGCCAAAUGGGUGUCACAUAAAGUCACACAUGUCUCGCCAGUCUGGCUGCAGCUGAAGCCGCAAACUGCCGAUAUGAGUCUCAGUUGUCGCAUUCUCGGUACUCACGACAUCGAUCAUGAAUGGAUGGAAGAAGUUCGAAAGAACAAUAGCGAUGUGCUAAUAGUACCACGUGUGUUGUUCGACGACUGGUCCGUUGAGGAUAUGGGUAAAUUCCUUCAAACUGAGCGUUGGAUGAACCGCUGCCUGGGAGAUUUGAUGAACCUGCUUCUGCGAACACAGUUCGAUGGUGCAGUAAUCGAGUUGUGGGCAAGUGCCAUGAUCCAGACGAGAGGUGAAGCGAGCGAUUUACUUGUCGAAAUGCUGUCUUCAUGGGGAGAAUCUUUCCACAGCAAAAACCUUCAGCUUAUUGCUCCCGUUGGACCGCCAUUAGGUCCUUCAAACCAAUUGAGCGGAAUGUUCACGCCGGCGCAUUUGUUCGCGUUAGCUGAUAAAAUAGAUUACAUACAGAUGAUGACGUACGAUUAUCGAUCGGAUGACAUUACUGGUGUGGCGCCGUACAAUUGGGUGGAGCAAUCAGUCGCUGCUGUUCUUGAGCAUGCACCGGAUCUAAGCAAAUAUUUGAUGAUCGGUUUGAAUCACUAUGGCUACGAAUUCAUCGGUCACAAUGCACAGCCUAUUCAUUUUGACAAAUAUCUUGAGAAAUUGAAAAGAGAAGACAGCAAAUUGGAAUGGGAUUCGAAAUCGAAAGAGCAUGUUGUUAAGUAUGACAAUACGAAGAUCUACUAUCCAUCGCUGACAUCUAUCGAAAUGCGCCUAAACCUUGCUCGCAAAUAUGGUGUUGGCGUUGCUGUUUGGGACUUUGGUCAAGGGCUAAAUUAUUUCACUCAGGUUCUUUGA